UUUAAAAUACGAAUUUUGGUAUAAGCGCUACAGGUGCACAUCGCUCGGCAAGUUUCGUCGCGCCGCGCUCAGUUGGUCCGUGCCUUUUGUAAAGAGCGCACGUCUGGCGUCUCCCCGUUCGAAAUGUACAAUGUACACGAAGAUUCAAGUGGUUGUAAAUAAAAAACGUGAAGUGCUGUGAAGACAGUGUUACAAUUAAUAGAACAUUGUAUUUCAGUUGUUUUUUUUUUAUCUUAUCGUAGAGUGCGUCAAACAUUUAAGAUACUUUGAUAAGAUAUUUAAUAGUUUUGUAAUUAAAUAGUGAAACAGUUUAAUUUAAGUGAUGGACGUUUGAUUUGCAGUGUUUGGACAAAUUCUUAUGAGGUUUGCUGAAAUAAUAUCAGCAUGGAUACGUCUUCAUCAGAUUUAUUUAUGAACAAAAAAUUGAGAACAAACAAAUAAACGUAAACCAGCAUUGUAGUUAACAGCCUUUUAAGAUUAUAAGCAACGUUCAUGAAGAUAGUAUAAGAUUGGAAAUUUUCUUCACCAAUCAACGGCACUAAUGAAGCAAUCCGCAGCCGGGAUAUUGAAGUAGCAGUCGUUCGUGCCACCUUCCUCGCGCAAUAAAACAACAUACCAUUGCUGACUACACCAAAGAAUACCCUCCAGCAAAAAUAAACUGUAAAACAACGCCGCAAGGAUCAUAAUCCCACGACGUCUAGCAGUCAAAUGGCUCUGCUCCGAAUUGAAAACACAAUCCAAGCAAUAUGUCAAUUAAAGCCUAUUCUCAAUUGUAAUCAAGCGCGCCAUUCCAAAACCAAAAAGCUUCCCGACGAGGUCGUAUUUCAGACUUGAUUCGUUAACUUAAUUUAGGCAUCAUAGAAAUACUAAGAGAGAAACAAAACCAAUGUAUGGUUACGCCAAGAUAACGAACAAAUUAAUCGUCACCCAAUACAGGGAUUCGUAUGGCGACUCAAAGUCAUAACUCCUACUGUUCACUGCCUAGCUUUGUUGCUUUACCUUCGUGUCUUCUCGUACUGGCAUCUAUUCUUUUGCAACCGGCGCUAGCCUCGGUUGAAGUCGAUCACGAAUCACUUCUAAGCCCGGAGUUCAACGUCAGCAACCCAAACGCAACAGUCAACUGGACCUUCUUAGACGACAACUCGACAUUCUUGAAGCACGGUCACAUCAAGCAUUCUAAAUAUUCCACUCCUGUCACUAUUUUCAUGGUCAUAAUAUUCUUGAUAGUUAUAGUGGGGACUAUUAUAGGGAAUAUCCUCGUUUGUGUUGCUGUACGUUUAGUUAGGAAGCUAAGAAGACCAAGUAACUACUUGAUCGUGUCGCUGGCAGUGAGUGAUUUGUGCGUGGCGUGUAUAGUGAUGCCUGUAGCGACUGUCUACGAUAUUAUGGGAACGUGGCCUUUCGGACCAGUUAUAUGCGACUUCUGGGUAUCGAGUGAUGUACUGUCGUGUACCGCGAGUAUCCUCAACUUAUGUAUGAUCUCAGUUGAUCGAUACUAUGCUAUUACGAAGCCGCUAGAGUAUGGAGUGAAGAGGACGCCUCGUAGAAUGCUCUUCUGUGUGUUUAUCGUGUGGGUGAGCGCUGCCUUCAUAUCCCUACCGCCGGUCCUAAUUCUAGGUAAUGAGAAGACUGAAACAUCCUGUUCUGUGUCACAGAACCAAGCGUACCAAAUCUAUGCGACUUUUGGUUCGUUCUACAUACCGCUUACUGUUAUGAUUGUGGUCUACUAUAAGAUAUUUAGAGCUGCUAGGAAGAUUGUAAAAGACGAGAAACGAGCUCAAUCACAUUUGGAGACGCACUGCUAUCUCGAGAUAAAUGUGAAGAAUGGUGGAUCAGCGGAGGCCAAGCUGCUGGGCAACCAGGCGACGCCAGCGCCACCCCCGAGGGGAUCCACAGCCAGUACAAACACAACGUGUAGCGUAGAUAAAACAGAAAGCACUAUCGGGAGGUGUUUCAGCAGCCAAAGAAAGUCCAACGAGUCUCAGUGCCCAAUGUUACAGCCCCCAAAGACUCCUACUAAGCCUAUCCACACAAUCAACAGAUCACCAACACAGCUAGUGCCUGGGAAACCACAAGUGAAAGAGAGACAAAGACAGCCUUCCGAAAGUAGUACUAAAACGAAUACAGCGACUAACCGAAUCCGAUCGUCGCUUUCCAAUUUUGCUCAUAAAAGCCACAUCGCCAAAGAUUUGCUGCAUCCACAGUCCGCAGUGCAUCAGAAGAAGCUUCGCUUCCAACUAGCCAAAGAGCGCAAAGCGUCCACAACACUCGGUAUCAUCAUGUCAGCGUUCGUCAUUUGCUGGCUGCCGUUCUUCGUGCUCGCUCUCCUCAGACCAUUCGUAAAAGAGGAUGCUAUCCCCGAUGCAGUAAGCGCACUCUUCCUCUGGCUGGGCUACCUCAACAGCCUUCUCAACCCCGUUAUCUACGCAACCCUUAACCGCGACUUCAGGAAGCCCUUCCAAGAAAUCCUGUUUUUCAGAUGUUCGAAUCUGAACCACAUGAUGCGCGAGGAGUUCUACCACAGUCAGUACGGUGACCCUGACCAACACUACUGUGUCAACAAUACUACCAAAAUGCAUAACUAUGAGGAAGGCGUCGAGAUCGUGUCUGCCGUCGAUCGAGAGGAGACCAGAGCUUCGGAGAGUUUUCUAUGAUUGACAAUGCCAGAGGUCGAUACAAGAGACCUAGAUACUGUGAUCUAAUUAAGACUUUUUUUAUAUAGAACAGUGUUGAUUUAUUUCGGUUUCGUUCGUUUAAAUAACUUGUGUAUUAUAAAAGGCUGUUUCUACCCAACUAGUCGUUACUUCGUUUAAACUCGAGGUUUCCUUUGAUGUAAGGUACAUCUGUCAAGCCGUUUAAUAUCUGCAAGCAGAAUGUUCUUGAGUGUCUUAAGAUGUACUUGUAAAUAUUUCUAAUUAUCAUCUAGUUUGGCGAAGAUAUCGUGACGAUGUAUCAUCACUAUCAUUUGUCAGUAUUAUCGCUGUAUGUGCGUGAUUCGAUCCACUCAGUGAUUUGAAUCAAUCUUCUCUUGCAGAUAUAAGUGGGCCUCAAGUAACUUAUAAGAUUUUAUCAUAAGUAGAUAGGGUAAGUCACAUGGUAAAUUACGUCACUAUAAAUAAAUAGAUAUAUGGGAUGUGAAUGUAUUACUAUUAAAUAAUUUUGGAAUGACCAAAGAGGUAUAAACUUGAAAACGCGAAGUUUUUUACGUAUAAGAUGUUGUGAAUUUGAUAAACUUUAAUAACAGAAUUGUAUUAUAUUGUUACAUAGUAAAUGAUGUAUAUGUAUGACAUUAAAUUAGUCAGAAGUAUUAAUCCAUGUGAUAGUAGAUAUAGAAUUCAAUUCCUGGUUAGGUUCGAUGUGAAUUAUUUUAAUGUACAGUUUGACAUUUUGUUUCAAUAGUUUAUCAGAUAUAUCUUCAUAUAAUAUAAUUAUAUGUAUAAUUGUAUGUGUAUUAGAAGCAAAGCAUAUUGCAAACUACAUAAUAUGGAUAAUAUUAAUAAUAAUAAUAGGCACUGCCAGAUUAAAUUAAUUGAACAAAUUGUAAUAGGAUUUUAGAUAUAUGAUUACUUUCUUCACAUAACCACAGCCAAUAGACAAGUGGCAUUUCUUUUAUCACGAAUUAUGAUAACGUUGCUAAAAUGUAUUGAAGUCAUAAAUGUAUGUCACGUGACUUGUCACAUAUUGCCCUUUCUACCAUUAUUAGUGACAUUAGAAGGGUCUCUUGUCUAGACUGACUGUUUGUCACCAUCAGUGAUUUAUAUUUCUAAAAAACAACACCUUCAUUUAAUUUUCAGUGCUUCUAAGUAGUGUUCUUAAAUCAUUACUUUUCUAUAUCCAUUCUUAACUCCAUCUGUUGAUACGUAAUAUUAAAUAUAUUUUACUUGUAUUAGACAGUUAUUCUACCAUGAUUCGCUUGCGAGGGGUAUGUUUUAAAAACUAAUAGAAUUGGAUUAUCAAUAGGAGUGUUUAUCUUUUUAUAUGGUUGAUGGGCACUCUGGUGUCAGAAUUUGUCAUAUUUACUCUGAUGUAGUUUAAAGACUUGCUUGUUAACAAUUUGUCAUUUGUGCCUCACGAUGUUUUCUACAAACGUUUUCAGCACGUGAUGAUUACUUCGCGAUAUACACAGGAAUUAAAAAAAAGACAUUAGUGUGUCGGGAUUUGAACCUACGACCUUCAACUUGGCAGUCUAACGGUCUUACCACUUGGCUAUAUUACUAGUGAAGGUGCUGUAAGGUUUGGUAUAAAUGUAGCGAUUUUAUUCGUUUUUAAAAACAUGUUUUUAUCCUACUUAUUGUGGUGGAAAGACGGUCUAAAUCUAGAAUUAAUUAGAACAAAAGUCAGUGUUGUAAAUAUUGUUAAUAACUAAUGACAUUAUUAAUAAUGAAAUACGGUUAUAUAAGUAUAAAUAAUAAGUGAAUAUUGCAGAAAUCGUGUGGGGAAACUACGCUUGGAAAAAAUAAUAAUUUGACAGUUCAAUUUGAUGUUUUAAUUAAUAAAGUACAUGCUAAUAAAGUUUCUUUGGUGUAGUUUCUUUCCAAAUGUGUAUAUAGUGGUUGUUUAUAAAUAGUUGUAAUUAUAAAUCGACCACUUUCUCAGUACUUUUAGAUAAUAUCCAUUUUGUAUAUCUUGUUAGACUAAUGCCAUAUAAUGCCAUUCAAAUUAUAUUAUUGUCGUUUUUUAUCAACGUUGGAGAAAAUAGAAAUUUUGAAUGUAAUAUAAUUAAAGUUAUUUAUUUCAGUUUUGUAACUUAAUGGAGUUUUUUUUAUCUUCAACGUUGAGCAUACAGGGAAUGUUAAGUCCGUCGUCCAUUGUCUUAUGGCAUGUGUAAAAGUGACGUCAUUCUAUAGUGUUCAAUAAAGUACUUUCUAUUAUACCAUUGCUACUGUGGAUCUAAACGUUACACAGUAUAGUGCGCUGACUCGCUUUAAUAAUGAUAAAUAAACUUAAGUUAAGAAUCCAAAAAAAUAGUUUAUUGAUGUCGCCUUGUGCUUCACGUGCUAUGAUUAUUUGUUUGUCUGUUCGUCUAUUUAUCACUAAGUCGUGGUCAGUCGAUUUGAUAACAUUGACUGUACAUUCAGCUUUCAAGUCAGCAUUUUCGGAACUCGGAAAAUUAUUACUUUCCAGAACUAAAUUCCCAAUUUGUGUAGAGUAUUUAAAUGUCCUAUCAUCGGUAUCGUAAAAAGUUAAAAUAUAUCAAACUUCUAUCUUAAACCAAUCAUUAAAAAUGGUUUAUUCUCGUGUAAGUAAUCUGAUAUUCUGUUUCAGAAAAAUAAUAUUAUUCUUCAAUGUUUUUACAGCAAUACGGAGAACCGAAAAUAUUUAACUAGGACUUAUAUUACCGAACAUCGAAACAACACGAAAAUGGCUAAUUUUAUUCCACAUUCAAUACAAGCUAAAAACAUCCUUAUACCAUUACGCAAAAGGUCAGCAUUCGUUUAACAGUUAUGAUGGACUUAACACCCAGUUCAGUUACCGUUCAUAAUAUCCCAAAGUUUAUUUUACCUCCAUAAAUGUAAAUAAUUUAAUAUUGUUUUAAAUAGAGCUCGUAAAGUACAAAUCAUUUUUAUUUUCAUUAAACAUUUUGUAUUCUUUAAAUAUGUAUUUAUGUAUAUAUUCUAAAGUGAUGUAAAUGUCAUAAUAUGUAAAAGUAUCGAUAGUUUACAAUUUAUCGAUAUUCGAUAUAUUGUGAUACUGUAUAGGCCACGUAGUAUUAAGUGCUGUCUUAUCCGUCGUCUUUGAGAUAUUACUACUGCUUAAGUUAAUUCUAUAUAAGUAGAUUUUCAAGGGACGUACGGUAGUUUGUUAAUUAAUUUCCGGCAUUUAUCGAUUUUAGUGUUGCGAUAUUUUGAUGUCGUGAUCCAAUUUCUAAUAGAGAGAACUGGAGCUAUAACUAACGAUCGCGCUCUUUCUUUAUGUAGAGAAUCUAUUGAAAAUACUACACUUCAUAAUGCUACAAAUAAGUUAUAAGUUACAAAUAUAUCGAUAAAAAAUUGUAAUAUCACGUCCUUAUACAUACAAAUGUCAAAUAAUAUUAAAAAAUAAAAUAAGUCCUUUAAGAAUAAGAAAUAUUUGAAUUAAGAAUAGGAACGAAACACGUGUUUAUAUCGCCAUACAAAGUCUUUAGUAACCAUUACUCGUUUUGUAUGAGAAGUAAAUAAGAGCAGUAGUAGUAAUGUUUCAAUGGACGCUUAAAUCGUCAUCAUUAACUAUAGUCUAGGCCUAUUAAUGUAUUACAAGUAACAGUGUACAUGGUCGACGUAUGGAAACUUUCAAAGUAGCAAAACGAAUUGAAUUCUUAUCUUUUGGCGUUGUUGUAUUUUUCUUAUGUAGGGUCCUAAAAGCGACGAAAUAAAAAUUAGAUUCGA